GCCCUGCCUGGCUCUGCUCGGCUCUGCUCGGCUGUGUCGGCUCCGCCGGCUCCGCGCUCCCCGCGGUGCGGGCGGUGCGCGGUGUCCCCGGCGCCGCCAAUGACGGCGGGCGCGGGCGGCGGCGGGGCCGCGGCCGGCUGAGGUGGUGGAGGAGCGCCGCGGGCGGCGGUCCCGGCGGGACCCGCGCCCUCCCGCACGAUGUCAGCGCAGGGCAAGUUCAAGAAGGACAAAGAGAUCAUCGCCGACUACGAGGCGCAGGUCAAAGAGAUCCGAACGCAGCUGGUGGAGCAGUUCAAAUGCCUGGAGCAGCAGUCGGAGUCGCGCCUGCAGCUGCUGCAGGACCUGCAGGAGUUCUUCCGCAGGAAGGCCGAGAUCGAGCUGGAGUACUCCCGGAGCCUGGAGAAGCUGGCUGAGCGCUUCUCCUCCAAGAUCCGCAGUUCCAGAGAGCACCAGUUCAAAAAAGAUCAGCAUCUCCUUUCCCCUGUGAACUGCUGGUACCUGGUCCUGACGCAGACCCGGCGGGAGAGCCGAGACCACGCCACCCUGAAUGACAUUUUCAUGAACAACGUCAUCGUGCGGCUGUCGCAGAUCAGCGAGGAUGUCAUCAGGCUCUUCAAAAAGAGUAAGGAGAUUGGCCUGCAGAUGCACGAAGAGCUCCUGAAAGUGACCAACGAGCUGUACACGGUGAUGAAGACCUACCACAUGUACCACGCAGAGAGCAUCAGCGCCGAGAGCAAGCUGAAGGAGGCAGAGAAACAGGAGGAAAAGCAGUUCAACAAGUCAGGGGACAUCAGCGUGAACCUGCUGCGGCACGAGGACCGGCCCCAGCGGCGCAGCUCUGUCAAGAAGAUUGAGAAGAUGAAAGAGAAGAGACAAGCCAAGUAUUCAGAAAACAAGCUGAAGUGUACUAAAGCCAGGAACGACUACCUGCUGAACCUGGCGGCCACCAACGCGGCCGUCAGCAAGUACUACAUCCACGAUGUGUCUGACCUCAUCGACUGCUGUGAUUUGGGAUUCCACGCCAGCCUUGCUCGGACCUUCAGGACGUACCUGUCUGCCGAGUACAACCUGGAAACCUCCCGCCACGAGGGCCUGGACAUCAUUGAGAACGCCGUGGACAACCUGGACGCACGGAGCGACAAGCACACCAUCAUGGACAUGUGCAACCAGGUCUUCUGCCCGCCGCUCAAGUUCGAGUUCCAGCCGCACAUGGGGGACGAGGUGUGUCAGGUGAGCGCCCAGCAGCCUGUGCAGACUGAGCUGCUGAUGAGGUACCACCAGCUGCAGUCACGACUGGCCACCCUCAAGAUAGAGAACGAAGAGGUACGGAAAACGCUGGAUGCCACAAUGCAGACCUUGCAGGACAUGCUGACAGUGGAAGAUUUUGAUGUUUCAGAUGCCUUCCAGCACAGCCGCUCCACUGAGUCGGUCAAAUCAGCUGCAUCGGAGACCUACAUGAGCAAAAUCAACAUCGCCAAGAGGAGAGCUAACCAGCAGGAGACAGAAAUGUUCUAUUUCUCGAAAUUUAAGGAGUAUCUGAAUGGCAGUAACCUCAUCACAAAGCUCCAGGCUAAACACGACCUGCUGAAGCAGACUCUGGGAGAAGGUGAAAGGGCCGAGUGCGGAACAACCAGGCCCCCAUGUCUUCCCCCUAAGCCACAGAAAAUGAGGAGACCUAGGCCUCUCUCAGUGUAUAAUCAUAAACUCUUUAACGGCAAUAUGGAAACGUUCAUUAAGGACUCGGGACAGGCCAUUCCACUUGUUGUAGAAAGCUGCAUCCGCUACAUCAAUCUGUACGGCCUCCAGCAGCAGGGCAUCUUCAGAGUCCCUGGCUCCCAGGUAGAAGUCAACGACAUCAAGAACUCGUUUGAGAGAGGUGAAGAUCCCCUCGCUGAUGAUCAGAAUGAGCGGGACAUUAACUCAGUGGCUGGAGUCUUGAAGCUGUAUUUCCGAGGACUGGAAAACCCCCUCUUUCCUAAGGAAAGGUUUCAAGAUUUGAUAUCUACCAUAAAAAUGGAGAACCCCGCUGAGAGAGUGCACCAGAUCCAGCAGAUUGUCGUCACUCUGCCUCGGGCUGUCAUCGUGGUCAUGAGAUACCUCUUUGCUUUCCUUAACCACUUGUCGCAGUACAGCGAUGAGAACAUGAUGGAUCCCUACAACCUGGCCAUCUGCUUCGGGCCCACGCUGAUGCACAUUCCCGACGGGCAGGAUCCGGUGUCUUGCCAGGCCCACGUCAAUGAGGUCAUCAAAACCAUCAUCAUUCACCACGAGGGAAUCUUCCCCAGCCACCGAGAGCUGGAAGGGCCCGUCUAUGAGAAGUGCAUGACUGGAGGAGAGGAGUACUGCGACAGCCCGCACAGCGAGCCGGGCACCAUCGACGAGGCGGACCACGACAACGGGACGGAGCCGCACACCAGCGACGAUGAGGUGGAGCAGAUUGAAGCUAUAGCCAAGUUUGACUACAUUGGACGAUCUCCACGGGAGCUCUCCUUCAAGAAAGGGGCCUCACUCCUGCUGUACCAUCGGGCAUCAGAAGACUGGUGGGAAGGAAGACACAACGGGGUGGAUGGGCUCAUCCCCCACCAGUACAUCGUGGUGCAAGACAUGGAUGAUGCGUUCUCUGACAGCCUGAGCCAGAAGGCAGACAGCGAGGCGAGCAGUGGGCCACUGCUUGAUGAUAAAGCUUCCUCCAAGAACGACAUCCAGUCCCCAACGGAUCACAUCAUGGACUAUGGCUUCGGGGGAGUGAUGGGCAGGGUGAGGUUGAGGUCUGACGGCGCAGCCAUCCCUCGGCGCCGCAGCGGGGGCGACACCCACAGCCCACCCCGAGGGAUGGGGCCCGGCAUAGACACCCCUCCUCGAGCAGCAGCCUGCCCCAGCAGCCCCCACAAGAUCCCCCUCAACAGGGGCAGGAUCGACAGUCCCGAGAAGCGCAGGAUGGCGACGUUUGGCAGCGCGGGCAGCAUCAAUUUUCCAGACAGGAAGGCCCUGGCUGAUGGCCACCCCCUGAGAUCGACCUGUGGGUCCACUCGGCACAGCAGCCUCGGGGAUCAGAAAUCUCUGGAAGCAGAAGCUCUUGCUGAGGACAUCGAGAAGACCAUGAGCACGGCACUGAACGAGCUGCGGGAGCUGGAGAGGCAGAACACGGCCAAGCAGGCCCCUGACGUGGUCCUGGACACGCUGGAGCCCAUGAAGAACCCCCCAAUGGGCGCCGCCAACUCGGAGCCAGCCAGCCCCCUGCACACCAUCCUGAUCCGGGACCCCGACGCGGCCAUGCGGCGCAGCAGCAGCUCCACCACGGAGAUGAUGACCACCUUCAAGCCGGCGCUGUCGGCCCGGCUGGCCGGGGCGCAGCUGCGGCCGCCGCCCAUGCGGCCGGUGCGGCCCGUGGUGCAGCACCGCUCCAGCAGCAGCAGCAGCUCGGGGGUGGGCAGCCCUGCCGUCACCCCCACCGAGAAGCUCUUCCCCAGCAGCUCGGCAGAUAAAUCGGGCACCAUGUAGGCUGGGGCGCGGGGACCACAGCGGGAGAGCCGCGGCCCAGGUGGCGGGAGCGGGGCCGGACACGGCAAAGCCUCGCUGGGCCGAGCUGGGGCUCAGAGCCCUGCUGGGGGAGCCUCUCCAAAAGGGAACAGCGUAGCCUGGGCCUGGUGCUGUACAUACGUGUGUGUGUGUAUGUACAUAUGUGUGCACACACCCUAUCCAUGCAGAAACACUUCCCGAGCUUGCAGUCCUAUAGCAGGAGGAGACAGCAGGUCUGCGUGUCAGCACUGGAGAACACAUGCUCUCUGUAGGAGUAUAUUAAGAACAAAAUGUACAGAAUUCAGUGACUUUUUAAAACAGUAGAUUUACCUCAGAAACUGGCUCUGAAAUGUCCUCUCUGGAGAUGGUGGGUUGGGCUGGGUUUCCCAGACUGUGCAUGGGUGGGGGCCCACACCGCAGCAGCCAUGCGUCGAGCAAUACAAGGCCAUCCUGGAAUUUAGUUUCUGCACCUCUUGGCAUUUAAAAAAAAGGGAUGGGGAUACAGUGGGGUCCGUUCACUGCUGGGUUGUAGAGAAGAGCUGGAAAUCCAUAAAUGAUGGUGUGUGUCCAGCCUGCUGGAGUCUGUUCAGUCCUGAAUCCUGAGACAUCUUUGUGUGCCUGUGAUGCCCCAGGCAGCAGGGACAGAGUGAGCUGAGUGCCGUGAGUGUGGACAGAGCGAGGUGUGCACCAUCACCUUCACACAGGAGGAGGAUGCUGUGCUGCACUGGGGCCAUGGAAUGCUGCUUUUCUGGAAGGUUUCAGAAUGAACAAGGACUAGUGACAAACCUGUGGUAAAGUGUGGACUAACUUACACAGUUUGGAGAUACUUCAUCUCCCUUUCCCCGCACACUUUUCUUUUUCUUUUUUUUUUUUUUUUUCAAUUAAUAAGAAGACAACCCAAUGGUCUCUCGACAGUUGGGCGUAAGCAGUGAGGAGGUUUGGCACCACCAUAUUCCUCGGUGUGAAGCUGCCCAACGGCACAGGGGGUCUCGGUUCAGAGUGCGUGAUCCUGCAUGAGAAGCAUGAGCCAUAUUUGACCGUGUCAGAUGCAGAACCAAUCUGAUGGGUGAUACUUUGCACUUUCUGUACUGUACCAUAUAAUACAACUGUUUGAGUUAUGCAAAGGAAUCUACAUUUUGUUUUACCCAGAGAAAAAAUAUGCAGAAAGCUGGGGAUUGCAUGGUCCUGUCUGAUAAUCCAGGCUCUGCUCUAAGCGCUGAAUCCAAGACGCUCUGUGCUUCUCCUGCAGCUUUUCCUUGUACAGAUUUCCAUGCAAUGUCCCAUGGUUUGAUUUGGCACUUCCCCAUGGUCAUGUACUAAUGGCUCCUUAAUGUUCAUCCUUCCUCCCCACUCUCUCUGACCCUGCUGCUUUGUCUGUGCCUGGGCAAAGACGCCCGCAAACCCUCCUGCCUCACUCAGCAGCCACCUGCCCCUGCCCGGGCCUGUGCUUUGUCCCCCCUUCACCUUCCUCACCGCUCCAGCACCACUGCGGACCCCAGCUCUGCAGGAGGAGCAGCCUGACUUCCAGAAGGUGGUAGAGGCACCGGUCAGGGCAGUGGAGCCCAGUGGUCCUGCCAGGGCUCAUGUCUGAGCCUGGGAGCUCACCCUCAUGUGAGUCCGCCUGCACCUCCAUAUGUGCCCCUCUCCACCUGCUCCUCCUCCAUGCCUGCACUUCCAUAUCCCUACCUCCACCCCUGAACCUCCUCCUCCAUGCCUGCACUUCCCUAUCCAUACCUCCACCCCUGAACCUCCUCCUCCAUGCCUGCACUUCCCUAUCCAUACCUCCACCCCUGAACCUCCUCCUCCAUGCCUGCACUUCCAUAUCCAUACCUCCACCCCUGAACCUCCUCCUCCAUGCCUGCACUUCCAUAUCCAUACCUCCACCCCUGAACCUCCGUAUCUGUCCCUCCAUGCCUGCACCUCCACGCUCCGGGCACGGUGCCGGCGUCACAGACCCAGUAUCACAGACCCGGCUGGACCGGCCGGUGCCUGUCCCGUGCCCAGCGCGUGUCCCCUCACCCCCUGCUCUGCCAGCCCUGUAUAUAUUGCCGUACUUGCUUAGUUGCUGGAAAGUAACUGUUAACCUGUAAACUGUACAAAAAUAGGCUAAGAUUAGAUAAAAACCGAUGCCACUCACCAAAUCUUUGCACUUAGUAGGUAGCUCGAUGUAAAAAUAAACCCAGUAAUAAUACUAGUAACCCUGAAGGGAAGCAAAGCCGCCGGCGCCCGUCGCAGAGCCCAUGGGGAGCAGCUCUGCCCAUGUCCCUCCUGUCCCAUCGGCAGGGACUACGGUGUGUGUGUGCUUGUCUGUGAACGUCCUUGGCAUUUGUAACGACCACAGUUGGUUCAUGUUGGUGUUUAUUUCUCCAUCAUCCCCCUUUCCUGGUGCAGCCCCCGGCCCGGCCCAGGGCAGUGGCAGCAGAUGUUCCACCAGGCCGGGCUGCUCACGGCCAUGUGCUGGGAAGGGAAGGACCCGUUUGGCAUGAGCGCUGUGUCUGUUGCCAGUAAUUAUUAUUUUUAUUUCCGUUUAGUUCCUGGAGAACGUUCACUUUGCCAGUUUCCUUUUUUUUAAUAUUAUUUCCAAGAUGACUUGAGAGCAAACCCAUGUUCAUAGGGGUUUUAUUUCCUCCCUUCUUACUUUUGGAGAUACGGUACAAGUUCCGGUGUCUUUCUAUUAAAUUAUUGCCUUUCAUUUUCCUUUGUUUUGUUUUGUUGUGGAUUUUUAAUACAAUUGUUUUCUUAUCUUUAAGUGCCUUUUUGAGCACCAGAACAAAUGGUUGGAGUUCAGGCCUGGGAGCUGUACACACAUGGGUUUGUCUGGGCAGUUGUGUUGUGCUGGAGGCGAUUGCUUUUAAAGUCCUUCCAUUUUUCUGUUUAAUGAAAAGGGAACAAAGACUUUUUGUUGGAGAAUAAACUCCCCCUUUGUAAUACAGUAUUCCAAGUGUAGUUUUAACUACUGUAAAUUUAAGGGAAGAAAUGUAUUUUUCUGUAAGCGAACUUGGCACAGAAUUGAACCACGUACAUUGUAGGAGCAUCAUAACUGGAACCUGGUCACGGUUUGGGAGUAACCAACCCUGACCCUCGGUGCCUCCCCGAGGGCACAGACUGUGCGUGGGCCUCACAGAGUUUCUGUGAGAGCCCCGGGCCGGGAGCAGGGUGCAGUGUGCUCCUGCCCCCCGCAGCACCGCGGGCGAGGGGCCGCGCAGCCCCCGGGACCCCCAGCCCUGAGGGGGGGCGGCUGUUCCUCUGCUGUGCAGAGCGAGCGCUGAUCUCAGCCCGGUUCCCCCAGCUCUGCCCCGUCCAUCCUGUGGUGCCAGGGCAGUUUGGCCCUCGCCAGGGCCCGGCAUGGCCUGGGAUGGUGCUGACCGAGCGUGACGGUACCGCAGCAGCCCCUUCCCCGUACAGAGCCUCAGCGAUGCGCGCGGUCCCCGGGGUGGAGAUGACAGUGCACUUUGUUCCUUAGGCUGAAGUCCCCUGGUAGGUCGUUUCUGUAACCCUGGGUGUGUCAUUUCCCUAGCGGUGUUGUGGUUCUCAGGGGCGGCAGUAGAUGUCCCGAGCCUGAUGUGCUUCGCGUGGCUGGGCCGUGAGGUGUGGUGGGGACGGGGUUGGUUACGCCGGGCAGCCGUGGGGAACUGCUGGCUGCUGCCCCUUGUACCGGUCCUCCUCCUCCUCCCCGGUGUUGUCUCUGUACUGUAUGGUGAGAUGCCGUCAGCUAGAGUGUCUGAGUGGGUCCUUGUGUGUGCUGGUGAUGCCAUGUAGAUGAAGCCACUGGUUGGGUGUGGACUCAUCCCGUUGAAUAAACUGCUUAACUUUUCUCAAAAA